CUGAUCUUGUUUUGAGGCAACAAAUCAAUUAAUAUGUAUGUAUGUAUGUUACUAUUCUUAGAAACUCGAUAAACUUAACAACAAAAUAGAUCUUCAAUAUGAGUCGGCUUGUUCACCUCGUUUCUAGCAAAUCUCCUCAACUUAAUCCACUUCUUGCAAUUCCACAUGCUGCUUCUAAAUCUAUCAAGAAAUACAGCCAACACAAAGGAGUAGGAAAGGAAGAAACGGUGUCAUCAUCGGAAAGAGGAGAAAGGGCGCCGUCAACGGCGGAGGUGCUGCAACAAUUAACCGAUGAGAAGGAAAGAAGCUUGGAUGAAAAUUCUGGUCAAGGUGUUGUAAGUCACAACUAUGCUGAUAAGGUGAUCAGUGAUAUUGAUGAUGGUAAUGAUAAUCCUGAUGAUAUUAACGAGAAGUGCAAUGCCUCACAGUAAUAAGCUUUAAUUUGGACCGACUACUAAAUGUUUUGCAUUGUUUGAUGUUGUAUACAUGUGCUUUCUUUUUGGAUUGGGUUAAUAUUGUUGUUUCUUUUUUUUUUUUUUUUUUUUUUUUUUGACAAACAAUAUUGUUGUUUCUAGUUGCUUAUGUCAUUUAUUUGGAAAUUUUGCUGUAAUAACUAAUAAGGGACUAUAAGUACAAGUUUUUAGAU